AUGGAGUCACUAGAGAAGCUGGAGUCGGGGUCUAUGCAGGGCAGAUCCGAAUCUGCUGCUGCUCCGCCUAAGCCUAAAGAAGAAGACACAACGCUCGCCACGCCGGUCCGUGGGGACUCCACAAGCACAUCCCACAACGACAACCACGGUAUCUCCUUGCGUGAAGUUGAUCCUGUAUCCGUGCGAUUGGAACAUCUUACAGUUUCAGUCGAUGAAUCGCCAAAUGCCUUUGCCCGCGCCUUCUCGAAGCAGAAACCGUCACCAGAUCGCAACCAUGUCAAGACUAUACUUGACGAUAUAUCGGCGGAUAUGCCAUCCGGAAGCCUCACAGCCAUUAUAGGAGGAAGUGGAAGCGGAAAAACAUCAUUACUCAACUCUAUGAGCGGACGCUUGGCAGUGGGAAAUCGGCUUGCUACCUCGGGCCGGACGCUAUUCAAUGGCAGCGAGGAUGCAUCGCGCAUCAGAAGCGCAUAUGUUAUCCAACAGGACAUCCUGCUUCCGACGUUGACCGUCAGAGAAACUCUAACUUAUGCCGCGCAAUUGCGACUACCUUCUUCCGUUGACAAGAAAGAGAGGAAGCAGCUUGUUGAAGAAGUCAUUUUGGAGCUGAGCCUGAAAGAAGCUGCAGAUACUAGGAUUGGAAACCAUGCGCACAAAGGCUGCAGUGGAGGAGAGAAAAGGAGGACAAGUAUCGGUGUUCAACUUUUGUCAAACCCUUCUCUCUUAUGGCUAGAUGAACCGACCACUGGACUAGACUCAACGAGUGCUUUCCAAGUGAUAAAGACCCUGCAAAAUCUCGCCCGAAAUGGACGUACCAUCAUUGUUACUAUUCAUCAGCCGCGUUCUGAGAUCUGGGAUUUGUUUGACAAUGUCGUCCUUCUGUCUCGGGGCAGUCCUGCGUAUGCUGGUAGCGCGAAAGACUGCCUUCCAUACUUUGCUAAACUUGGCCACGAUAUGCCUUCGUUCACCAAUCCAGCCGAAUAUCUCAUCGACGUUGUCAGUGUCGAUAAUCGGAGCGUAGAAGCAGAGAAGGCGGCUCAAGAGCGUGUCGGUCGCGUGAUAGAGGCAUGGAGAUCGCAUUGCAACAACAAUCUCCAAGAAAAGCACGAAGCAGCCACUCCGGCCACGACAAUGACGAAAACUGAGCGGCAGAGGCGACGUGCUAGCCAGACAUCACUAAUUCAGCAGACCCGCGUACUUACCGCACGAACAUGGACUGUAACCAUUCGUGACCCUAUGGGCAUGUUCGGAAGUCUUGUUGAAGCAAUCGGUAUGGCGGUCAUCACAGGAUGGAUCUUUUUGCAACUCGAUGGUUCACUAUCUGGCAUCCGAUCUCGACAGGGAGCCCUGUAUAACGCAGCCGCGCUCCAAGGGUACCUGAUCUUACUCUAUGAGACAUACCGACUUACAACGGAUAUCCAACUAUUCGAUGAAGAGGCGCGACAAGGUGUAGUCAGCAUACCAGCAUUUCUCGUCUCCAGACGAUUGGCCCGAAUCUUGAUCGAGGACAUACCGGUACCUCUCAUCUUCUCGCUGAUCUAUUACUUCUUCUGUGGCUUUCGUGCAGAUGGGGGCCAGUUCCUCACAUUCUUCGGUAUCAUACUGCUGCAUCAGUAUAUCGCGGUGUGCUUCGCCAUGACCUGUGUUGCUUGCUCGAGACAUUUCGCUGGAGCGAGUCUGGUAGCUAAUCUCGCGUAUACCCUUCAAUCGAUGGCAUGCGGUUACUUUAUCCAGUCGAACACGAUCCCCAUCUACGUACGCUGGACAAAGUGGAUAGCCUAUGUCUUCUAUGCUUUUGGAGCUUUGUGCGCCAAUGAGUUCACAGGCUCGUUUUAUGACUGCCCGUUGGAGGGUGGGCGGUCAAAUCCAGCCUGCAAAGAAUACGACGGUGAUUUUAUCAUGGACUCUCUUGGUUUUCCAGACGACUGGGUUUGGAGACCUAUACUCGCCCUUCUUGGGUUCGCCAUCGCCUUUUAUAUAGGUGCAGGGGUGUUGCUCAAGUUCUGGAACGCCGAGAUUGCGAUGGCUCGCGCGAGACCUUCCAAUAUGGACGCCUCUGCUGGCAAAGAGAAGAUGAGCGAGCGUGUGGCGGACAAUGUCAGAACAAUCGACAUUCGGCUAGAAGGUUAUGGCAUGGAUGUUGAAAAACGAUCAUUACGGAAGCGCUGGACGAAGACUAUACUCAAGCCGCUUACUGCCGACUUUUUCCCUGGGUCAUUGAAUGUCAUCAUGGGACCUUCAGGUUCUGGGAAAACGUCAUUGCUGAAUAGCAUGGCAAUGAGACUCAAAGACGAUACAUCGACGCGUUACAAGCAGUAUGGCUCGAUGAGCUACAACGGCUUGAUCCCAGCCCAAGAAGUCGUUCACUCGAUCUGUUCCUUCGUCACGCAAGACGACGACGCACUACUAGCAUCAUUGACAGUGCGGGAAACCCUUCGUUAUGCAGCCGGUCUACGUCUUCCAAAAUGGAUGUCGAGGGAACAAAAAACCCAGAAAGCCGAAGAAAUCUUGCUGAAGAUGGGUCUCAAAGACUGUGCAGACAACCUCAUCGGCAACGACAUUAUCAAGGGCAUCAGUGGCGGCGAAAAGCGCCGUGUUACGAUUGCCGUCCAAAUCCUGACAGAGCCGCGUGUUCUGUUGCUUGACGAGCCGCUGUCAGGUUUGGAUGCAUUCACGGCGCUAUCCAUUAUGGAUGUACUCCGUGGUCUGGCCCAGGAAGGUCGCACACUGAUCGUCACGAUCCAUCAGCCGCGUAGUGACCUCUUCGCUCAUUUUGGCAACAUUCUGCUUCUUGCUCGUGGUGGACAUCCCAUUUAUGCUGGUCCUGCUGACAGCAUGUUAACUCAUUUCGCCGGCCUAGGCUACGAAUGCCCACGUCAUGUCAAUCCAGCUGACUUCGCUCUCGAUUUGAUUACUGUUGACCUUCAGCAUGAGAGACGUGAGGCGGCCAGUCGAAAGAAGGUACGCAAGUUGGUCGAGUCGUGGAACGCUAGUGUUUACCCUGUUGCUCGAAUUGGGUCGAUAACGACACCAGCGGAGCUGGGAAGUAUGGCACGAGAACCAUCAUCCUUCGCUUCAGCAUAUUUGAUUCUGAUUCGACGUGCGACGAAGAACAUGUUUCGUCAGCCAGAUAUUCUGAUUGCGCGCAUCAUGCAAGUGGUGGGAUUGGGUAUCGUGCUUGCACUCUACUUUGCACCACUCAAGACCGAUUAUUUCUCUGUUCAGAACAGGCUUGGAUUUCUUGUAGAGAUCGCACCACUCUACUUUGUCGGCAUGCUUAACAACAUCGCCGUGUAUCCUAUCGAGAGAGACGUCUUCUACCGAGAUUACGACGAUCGCAUCUACGGUGUUGAAGCGUUCUUCCUCACAUACGUCUCCAUCACCACUCCAUUCGAGAUUAUAAGCUGCCUCGUCUUCUCGGUGCUCGCCGUUUUCGCCGUCGGCUUAGAACGCAAUGCGCAAACGUACUUCAUCAUAACCUUCAACGCCUUCUGCAUCACCAGCUGUGGCGAGAGUCUAGGAAUAGCUUUCAACACGCUGUUUACACACACCGGCUUCUCGGUGAACUGUAUGUCGGUCUUUCUCAGUGUUGCUCAGGUUAUGGGUGGUGUGUUGUCACUCGACGUUCCAGAUUUCCUGCAAGCUUGGAACCAUCUUUCACCUGUGAAGUGGGCGGUCGGGAAUAUGGCGCCGUAUACGCUUCGUGGACUUACAUUCACGUGCGAAGACUGGCAGAGGGUCAACGGAGAAUGCCCCAUUCAAACUGGAGAGCAAGUGCUUGACUUGUAUAAACUGAACAAGAACCCGGAGAUGAACCUUAUGGCUUUGGGUAUAUGCGCUAUCGUAUAUCGACUUCUGGCGUAUGUUGUGCUCAAGGUAGUCAAGGAACGCUGGCUUGGGAAGUUAUGGCAAAGGUUGGGUGGUGGGAAGAAGAGACAGACGACCGAGGCACCUCAAACAUAA